AUGUUCCGGACUGCAGGCGCUUUGAGAUGCAGCACCAAGCCUGUCACUGCUUCCAAGAGAUGCUAUGCAACAGUCAAGAAUGCCCCGGCGGCGCAGAAGUUGAAGAUCAAUCCUGAUCGACUUUGGUGCUUCUCCAGCCAACUUGUUGUGUGAGAUCACUUACUAAUCGACCACCAGGACCAACAUCCAUGAGACUGCGAAAUGGUCCGAACCAAACGCUACCACAGCAGCUGGGGGACUGUCACGACUUUGCGGCACUCAAUGGGACAAAAUGGCCCGCGAUUGGUUCAAAGACCAAGUGCACUCGCUCGGUGCGAAGACGUACGCGGUGAACGGCACUGGUUCGCAAUUCGCAAUCUUUGAAGGCGAAAACAAUAGCCUUCCCCCGAUAGCAAUGGGAUCUCACCUUGAUUCCGUGGCUACCGGAGGUAAAUUUGAUGGACCCCUGGGUGUGCUCGGAGCUCUUGAAGCCGUUCGCGGCAUGAAAGAACAGGGCAUCAAGACAUAUGCUCCGAUUGCGCUGAUCAACUGGACGAAUGAAGAGGGAGCGAGAUUCUUCCCUCCGCUGGGGUCGUCGAUUGUGUAUGUUGGAGAGAAGGUAGAUUCCAGACUCGCACAGCGACUUUCUAGUCUUGUACUGAAACAACACAGGACGUGAACGCAGCAUUCGAAAGCCAAGCAAACGAUGGCAGUGGCGAAACCAUGGGCGCCGCUCUCCAAGCGAUCGGCUACAUCGGUGACGGACCAAACACGUUCAAAGAAUUCCCCAUCUCCGCUCACUUUGAAAUCCACUGCGAGCAGCAGACCAAGCUCGAGGAAGCCGGCAAGGCUGUCGGCUGGGUUGAGGGCUGGCAAGGCAUCGACUACUACGAGAUUACUCUGACGGGAGUCGAUGGGCACGCCAACACGUACGACAUGAAGGGACGUCGCGAUAGUCUGAUCGGCGCGAGCAAAAUCAUGAUCGAGCUGCAGAAUCUUGCCCUGCAACAUGACGGGGUAACGACCGUUACGAACAUCAAGUCUGGUCCGAUCGGAGCCUGUAACGUAAGUCAGCCAUGCCUCUCGUGUACUCGUGUGUGCGCGCUGACGAGAUUGAUUGACAGAUCCAAUCCUGGACCAAAUUCCAAUUCUGCGUGGCCAACGUCGACCAGAAGAAAUUGAAAGCCAUGGGCGAAGAGAUUCUCAUCCGUGCGGAAGCCGAAGCCAAAGCUUCUGGUCUUGGCUACCACGUUGAGCAAAUCAUCGAUUUCCCUGCCGGCAAAUUCUGGCCUGAAGCUAUUGAUUGUGUGAAGAGAGCUUGUGGUGAUAGGGGCAUGGGAGCGGAUACUUGGACUGUGCAUGAUAGGUUUGUCGUGACGGGUGAUGCCCUUUUUGAUUGCGACUUUUGUGAGCUCACGAUUUGAUGCAGUUCCAUGACCACCAGACUGUGCCCGACCGGGAUGGUCUUCGCCCGUGCCAAGGAUGGUGUCAGUCACAAUCCCCACGAAUGGACGAGUAAAGAGGAUUGCGCAGAGAGUGCGCUUGUUUUGGGCCGGGCUGUCUUGAACUACGACCAGAUUCUGAGGGAAAAGCAUGCGUAA